AUGGACCAAGAGAACUGCGGCAGGCAGAUCACUGAGGAUGAGGUCAAAGGAAGGUACAGCACUGUAAGAAGAAAACACCCAAAGGCUGCCUUUUUCGAGCUGGUGAAGGCUAUUUAUACGCUCGGACACAGUGCCUCCUUAGUUGCUCUCAUGACUGGAUCAGCAAUGCUUUGUUUCUUUAGGAGACUCACCAAGUCCACGUUGCUCCUAAUCCCGUUGCUUGGAGUACAUUACAUCGUGUUUACCAUUUUCCAGGAUAAUGUUUUCGAAAAAUAUCAGAUUGCCUUUGAAUUAUGUUUUGGAUCUUUUCAGGGGUUUAUUGUUGCGUUCCUAUACUGCUUUUUAAAUAGUGAGGUUCAAGCUGAACUGAAAAAGAAAUGGCGGAGCCUGGUUUCAGGUUGUCACUUGAAGCCCUAUUACAAUAAGCACAGAGCAUCAUUUUCAGGGAAUGGUUCUUCUCGCAGAAAUACACGAGCUCAGUCCUUCCUGCAGACGGAAACAUCUCUGGUCUAAAUGUGGUUCCAAGGCCAGUGCUGAAUCCUGCAGCUUAACAGCAGAAUCAAGAUACCUCCCUGCAUUCUGCGACAGAGACAUGCGAGAAACUGACAGGAAUGUUGGGCACAGAUAUUUCCUUUCCAAAUUCAAGAAUUUACAUUUUGAGAUGUGUACGCUUUAAACUUCUCAACAAUACGACAGGCCAACACCGUUUAAAGGGUUUCUUGAAAACUGAUUAUAUUGUAGCCUUCUGCACCUCGUAAGAGACAGCUUGAAUAUUGAUUUACCAAACCUUCUGAAGUCAACUUUUUCACCUAGUUCACAUUCAACUCUUUGUAACACGGACAAGAUACAUCACCAAUUCCUGGAAUGCAUUGAGUUCCUGAUGCCUGAGGUCCCAGAAAAUAUUUGGGCACUCAUACAUUCAAAUGUUACUUUCACAGAAAUCCGUCAGCAGUAUUUAUUGGAACUGUACCAUGUCACAACUUGGACUGUAUCAUCGCAAGAGUUAGAUUUGUGAGGUUAUUUUGUAUAUGGUUUAAAACAUUCCAGCAUUUUAAGUUGUAUGAAUUGUGUUCUAAUCAUUUCAUCACUUGUACUUCAUUAGAUGGGAGAAAAUGGCAUAAUCAUAAUGGUUCCGAGGCCCAGGACAAUUUUGUGGGGCCAUUUAUUUCAGAUCCUGCCGCUGCAGCUGGUGGGAUUUAAAUUCAGUUCAUGAAAUCUGGAAUUGAAAUCAUAAACUCAAUAACGGUGACCAUGAUAACUAUCACUGAUUGUCAAAAAGACUCAUCGGGUUUCUUAAUGUCCUAUAGGUCAGAAAUCUGCUGACCAUAUCCCAUUUGCCUUACGUGUGACUCCAGACCGACAGCAAUGUGAUCGGAGAUAGUAGGAACUGCAGAUGCUGGAGAAUCCGAGAUAACAAGGUGCAG